AUGAUCAAAAAUUCAUUCAUCUCAGUUAUUUCACAAGAAGAAAAAGAAGAAAACAAGGGUUCUGUUGAAUUUCAAGUAUUAAGUUUCACCAGUAAGAUACGUAGACUUACUUCCCAUUUGGAAUUGCACAAAAGAGAUUUUUUAUCCCAAAGAGGUCUACGAAUAAUUCUGGGAAAACGUCAACGGCUCCUGGCUUAUUUGUCAAAGAAAAAUAGAGUCCGUUAUAAGAAAUUAAUGGAUCAGUUGGAUAUUCGGGAACCAAAAACUCGUUAA